UACCUCCAUUUCCAAUUCUGAUUCUCAAACUCAAACUCAAAUGGCGAAUAAGGCGGAUGAGCAGACUACCAUUAGCAAUUGCAGCAGCGCCGUUAUUGAUCCAAACAGCGGGUUUUGCUCAACCACCAAGAUCUUCCACAGCCUCAGGCCCAAAGCUCCUCUCCCUCCUCAAACCACACCCCUCUCCGUCACCCACUACAUUCUCUCCCAUCUCCAACACUCUCCUCCCCCGCCUUCCACUCCCGCCCUCCUCGACGCCGCCGCCGGCCUCCGAGUUCUCUAUCCCGAGUUCACUCGCCGAGUCCAAUCCCUAGCCUUCUCUCUCCAAUCCCAGCUCGGCCUCUCCCAUGGCGAUUGCGCCUUCAUUCUCUCCCCCAACUCUCUCCACGUUCCUGUCCUCUACCUCUCUCUCUUCUCCCUCGGCGUCAUCGUCUCUCCUUCCAACCCCGCCAGCUCCAUUCCCGACCUUUCCCUCCAAAUCCGCAUCUGCAAACCCGCCGUCGCCUUCGCUACCUCCGCCACCGCUCAUAAAAUCCCCAAUACGCUCCGUCUCGGGACUGUUCUUCUCGACUCGGCCGAGUUCGAGUCCAUGAUGACGUCUCCCACCGCCGCCCAGCCGCGCCGAGUUCAAGUGAGCCAAUCGGACACCGCGACGAUUCUCUACUCGUCGGGGACGACCGGGAGGGUCAAAGGCGUGGCGUUGACUCACCGGAACUGGAUAUCGACGUUGGCCGGCGUCUACGCUGUUAGAAGCGCCGCCACGGCUUCUCCACAAGCCUCUGCGGCUCUCUGUACGGUGCCGUUUUUCCACGUGUACGGGAUCGCGUUCUGCCUGAGGGUUUUGGCUGUGGGGGACACGCUGGCGUCGAUAUCGGGGAGGUUUGAUUUGGAGGCGAUGAUGAGAGCCAUCGAGCUGUUCAGAAUCACCCACGUCGCCUGGGCCCCGCCGGUGGCUGUUGCCGUGGCAAAGCGCGGGGAUGGGAAUGAGACGGGCGGCUACGAUUUGAGCUCGCUGCAAGUGAUCGCCUGCGGCGGUGCUCCGCUUGCGAAGAGUGUCAUCGACAAGUUGAAGAAGCGGCUCCCGAACGUACAAGUGGCACAGGGAUAUGGACUAACGGAGACAACGGCCCGAGUGUUUGGGGCAGUGGGCCCGGAAGAAACGCGAGUGGAAGGAGCUAACGGGAAGCUGAUGCCAAAUAUUGAGGCCAAGAUUGUUGAGGCUGCUUCUGAGACUGGCAUUGGGUUGCCUCCUCUGAUGCAAGGGGAGAUUUGGAUUAGAGGACCAUGCAUUAUGAAAGGUUACGUUGGUGAUGAAGAAGCAACUGCCGCAGCUUUGGACUCGGAAGGAUGGUUAAAAACUGGAGACCUUUGUUACAUUGAUAACGAUGGUUAUCUAUUUUUUGUUGAUAGGAUAAAGGAAUUGAUCAAGUACAAAGCCUACCAGGUUGCCCCAGCAGAGUUGGAGCAUCUGCUUCAAUCCCAUCCAGAUAUUGUUGAUGCAGCUGUGAUUCCGUACCCUGAUGAAGAAGCAGGUCAAGUACCCAUGGCCUUUGUGGUGAGGAGCUCUGGAAGUUUUGUUGACGAAUCGCAGGUCAAGGAUUUUAUUGCCAAACAGGUUGCACCUUAUAAGAAAAUACGAGGAGUAGCAUUCAUCAAUUCAAUACCAAAGAGUGCACAGGGUAAAGUGAUGAGGAAGGAAUUAAUCAAACUUGCAUUAUCCAAGCUGUAAACUCCAGUUUCUUUCUUCUGGUGUCACAUUUAGAUACCAAGCAAAGAUUGUUCAUUAUUUCCAAGGUAUGUGUGCAUACAUGCCUAUUUAUUAUUCAGUGCCGUAGCAACAGAUUAUUUUAGCCUAAUAGAAAAAGCUUCAUAGUUUCUCAAAAAUUUCAUUUUAUUUGGUAGUUUUCUGUUUUCAUCAUUGGCUAUGACAAGGCAGGAUGCUCCCUCUAUAAUAAAGACUGCAGCUUUAUUCACAUCUACAGUACUAUAUUGAUCACAGAUCUUUUACUACUUGUCUGACAAACAAACUACGACUGCACUCCGACCAAAAAAACCCUAAGACUGCACAAUAUUUUGAAUGUUUAUCAAGAUGCUAAUACCGACCAAAGCAUUGAACCAGCUACAGCCGUCAAAUAGAAAUACUGUUCGGGAUUCCGCGGCCAGUUACCCCAGGGCCCGACGAGGGAAGCAGCAACUCGUAUGGCGGAAUGCCUGCCCCACUCCUAUUUUUAAGAUGGCUAUCUCUGUUCUUUUUCUCAAUGAUCUUCUCUAUCUCCUUUAGUCUAUUAGAGAACCUAUUGAACGAUUUCAAAAUUUCCUGAUCAUUGAUCCAAUGGGAGUGCAGAGGGUUCACCUGACCCAAGUACUCUUCAUCUGGGGAGUGAGUUGAGAGAGUAUCUUGUACAGCCAUUACCUUGGUGGCUUGAAGUUUAGUUGCCAAGGAAGACAGGAAAGUUUGCUGUGGGUUGGAAAUAAAUUUCUCAUAAUCAGGGUCGUCUUCUUGUGGAAUGAGUUUUCUCAUAAGGGUAGGACGGUUUGGCACAUAACCACCAAACGGGUACUGGCCAAAGUUGAUGGCUGCAUGUUGACCUGAAGCGACCCAAAUCAUUGUUUCUUGGAGCUCAACAUCGGAUGUGACAGAAUUUGGCUCGGAGUAGUAGUGUUCCACAUAGGAUUCUACCCAUUCUUUUAUGGCAGACCAUAUGAGGAGGCCAUCCGCAGCAUAUGGAUAGUCCUCAAUUACAAGUCUCACGCCACUAGGAGCUGAAGGAUCUUCCACAGCCAUGCCUCUGAAAAUGUUAACACAAGUAUCAACCACUUGGUCAAUUUGCUUGCUUGCCAAGGCUGGCAAAAAAUUCUGGAAAUAAAGACACAGCUACACUGACCCUAUGACACUCAUCAAAACCUUACCUUCGAAUAAGAUCGGCUGGUAAUGCCUCCAUGUCAAACCUCCACACAUUCUUGUACGCUGCAGAGCUUACCUCCAUGGCGUACUUUCCAGGACUAAAAGAAGCUUCAAUUAUUCCCCCUCCAUUUAUCAAACUUUGCCGUGCAAGUGCAUUGAUCUCUAAAGUGUAGCGCAAGUGAGGGUGAAGAAGCUUGUAAAUGGGGUGCAUUGAGCUAAGCUGUCUAUGAGUCGCAAUUAUAUAAGGCUCCAUGCAAGCAUGAGUCCUCAACCUAGGUAAACACAAAUUACCAACAGAUUAUAAGUGUAAGACAUCCUAGUUUAACAUGGUCAAUAAUUGUUUAAACGUGACAUAAUGUAAACUUUGCAGAUCCAUAUCUGUUUGUGUUUUACCAGUGAUUAACUAGUUGAUGGAUGCCGGCAUCGUUUGAGCAAA